GUGUGUGUGUAUGUGCGUGUGUGCGCGCGCGCGUGGGUUCAGUGUUGGAGUUCCCUGGUCCAGCACAGGGGGUUACGCAAGGCCACAAAGGAAGGAGACUUCAGGGCCACUUCAUGUCAAGCGCAUAUGUCAUCUUCCUGCUAAGGUGACAGUGUUGAUGUUGUUGGAGAAAGGCAGCGGGAGAGAGUGAAGUUACCGAUUAUGCGCCAUAUUUUGACCACAAGCAGCUGGAAGAGAAGCCCCUCUGGCAAGCAGAAUGACAGAAGGUGUUGAUGUUCCACAGACCCCGAGGACCACACUAAGCAAUGGCUCCAUCACCCACCAGGCAAGAGCCAGUGCUGAUGCUAGCCAAAGCCCUGAGUCAUGGAGCAGGACUUCCUCUUUACAUCUUUCAGAUACGGGGCCAGGGCAGGGCGAGGAACACAGCUGUGAGCCUGAGGAUCAGGAUGAUCAGGAAGUAGAGUCCUCCAGCCUCCAUGAGGGGCUGCAGUGCCACACAGGAGUAGCAGGAGAGCGACACAGUGGACAUUUGGCACCUGAUGGAGGCUGGGGCUGGGCUGUACUGACAGCUACUAUCCUGGUCUUGGCACUCACACUCGCCUUCCCCUCCUGCAUUGGCAUCUUUUACACAGAUUUGCAAAAAGAGUUCGAAGCAAGCAACUCUGAAACAUCCUGGGUGCCAGCCAUCAUGACAGCAGUACUACAUGCAGGAGGCCCAAUAUGCAGCAUUCUCGUGGAGUGCUUCGGUUGUCGUGCAACAAUAAUGGUGGGUGGGAUCCUGAGUGGAAUUGGGAUGGUAGUCAGCUCUUUUGCUCAGACCAUGGCUGACCUGUACUUCGCCACCGGAGUCAUCACAGGAAUGGGAUUCUGCUUGUGCUUCCAGCCAUCAGUCACCAUGGUGGGCCAUUACUUUGUUCGCCGCCGUGCCUUUGCCAGUGCCCUCUCUUCCACAGGAACAGCGCUGGGUCUAAGCACUCUGCCUUUGCUGGCCAACUUUCUGCUGGGGCAGUUUGGCUGGCGAGGCAGCUUCCUGGUGCUCGGUGGAGUCGUGCUCAACUGCUGUGUGUGUGGGGCUGUCAUGAGGCCUCUGGGGGCCAAAAUGAAAGUGAAGGCAAUGCCAAUACAGUCAGUAAAUCCGGUGCUUAAAACCAAUGGUCUUCUUGCAGAGCAGGAGCAAAAGGGGCUGAAGGGGCGUCUACAGAGCUCCCUGUCAACCCUAGUGCCCUUCCUGUGUAGGCAUAUGGCUGUUGACCUGAUACGCACCCACCCACGCUUCCUUGCCUAUGCCUUGGGUGUGUCAUGGAUGAUGUUGGGCUUUUUAGUGCCACUGGUCUACCUGGUGCCGUAUGCCACUUCACAUGGGAUAGAGCAGGAGCGUGCUGCUCUGCUUAUGGCUGUCCUUGGUCUGGUCAAUGUGACAGUAAGACCGACGGCGGCGCUACUUUUCGGACUUAAGCGCUUCCGUGGAAGCCGCCACUUUGUCUAUGUGUUCGCCUGUGCCCUCUUGGUCAAUGGCCUGAGCAACUGUGUGUGUGGUGCAGUGACCAGUUUCCGUGCACUCCUGGCCUGUGUGCUGGUGUUCGCUACUUCCAUGAGUAUCGUGGGCUCUCUGCUCUACACUGUGUUGAUGGAGACAGUGGAGAUGAGUCGUUUUCAGUCGGCCCUGGGCCUCAUCAGCAUCAUGGAAAGCGUCAUGCUUCUUCUGGGCCCACCUCUAGCAGGAAUGUUGGCAGAUUUUACUGGGCAGUACAGCUACGCGUUCUUCUUCUGCAGUGUGUCUGUUUCCACCGCUGGCCUCUUUAUUAUGGUAUCUUUCUACUGGCUGGAUAGACAGAGUAAAAAGGAAGAGAAGAGGCCUUUCUCUGAACACACCCACAAUUUGAAGCCCAGUAUCAGUCCGGCUGCUGAUGUUGGAGGCAAACAAGUGCCUUUACAGAGGAGGAGAGUCCAAGACACUGAUACUGCCACUAAUGUUUAAAUGCUACAGUGUAAAAUGCAUUUCUGCAUACUACCACUAGUAUUUCAGACCAUACAAGAAUGUACACAGAUUUUCUCAUUUUUUAGUCAUGGAUACUGGGUUUCAUUUCCCAGUCAAGUAGCUCAGUGGUGAAGGUUUAUAUUUGCACAUAAUGGUAUUGACAUAUUGACUGUCUAAUUAAAAAAAUUGAAUUGAAUUUAAUUUAUAAAGGUUUUCUAUGUUCUACCAAACAACAAUGGCAACCGAGUGAAUGUUGUUCUCUUGCUAUAGAUAAUUUUGUAUUUUUGAAAAUAUGUACAAAAUCAUUUCACUUAGAUAUUAUGGAAGAAAUGUUUCUAUCUGAAUAGCCUAGCUGCCUAAGGUCAGUCGUGAUAUGGUUGUAGGUCAUGCCCAGUGAAGGAUGUUUACUCUGCUAAUAUAUGGGCAUAAUUAUAGAAUUAUUGACACUGUGAAAAACCAUGAUAGCCUUGUUCAAACUAAUUUUUAAUUAUGAAUUUAUUUCAGUUGUUUUAAUUUUAAAAACUUAAAGCCUUAAACAUAUUUAUAUAUGUGAUCUUUUAUUCAAAUAAAGAGAUAUAUUUCAA